AUGAGUUUCUCCUCCCACCACUCCGACGCGUCCGUUGGCACGGCGCUCUCCUCACCCAUGGACAGCCCGAUCCAUCAGGACUUCGCCAGCGGUCGCUGGAACCGUACGCCGGGGAGGAGACCCAGGAACCUCAUCCUCUGCUUCGACGGCACCGGCAACGACUUUUCCGGCACCGAAAAGGAUACCAACGUCGUCAAGCUUCUGAGUAUGCUGGAUCGUCGUCAUGAAGAGCAGUAUCAUUACUACCAGACCGGUAUUGGAACGUACGGGGUUAAUGAGAAGACCAUACACAAGACGUGGCUGCAGGACCAAUGGGGUAAAGUGACUUCGACGCUCGAUGAGGGUUUCGGGAUGACUUUUGACUCUCAUGUGGUGGCCGGCUACCGGUUUCUGAUGCAGUACUACGAAGAGGGUGACAACAUCUACAUGUUCGGCUUCAGCCGCGGCGCGUACACCGCAAAGUUCCUGGCGCGCAUGGUCAACACCGUCGGCCUCCUCUGCCGCGGGAACGAGGAGAUGGUCCCCUUCGCAUACCGCCUGUACGACCGCUACCUCGACGGCGAGUUCAGCUGCCGCCACAACAAAGACACGGAGAAGCAGAAGCAAGAAGAAGGCCGCGACCAAGACUCGGACGACGACGAGGAGAACCACAAAACCCACCACGUGGACGACUGCCACGAGUCGGACCACAGAUCGAUCAAGCAACAGCUCAAAGACGAGCGCGACAACCACCAGCGCAACGCCCGGACCAAGGAGCUCAAGAAGUUCAGCAACACCUUCUGCCGCAAGGAGGUCGACCGCGACAGGGACCGCCACAGGGCGCCCGGGAAGAAGCCCAAGCUGGUGAACGUCAAGGUGCACUUCCUCGGCCUGUGGGACUGCGUCAACUCGGUCUCGGUGAUGGAGAGGAAGGCCACAAGGGAGGUCCUCGUGCACGGCACGGCGCGAAUUAUACGGCACGCCGUGGCGGUCGACGAGAGGCGGGUCAAGUUCAAGGCGGCGCUCUUCGAGCAGGACAAGAAGAUCCAGAAGAAGAAGAAGCAUUACCACGAGGACAUCAAGGAGGUCUGGUUCCCGGGGAACCACGGCGACGUCGGCGGGGGGUGGGAUCCGAAGGCCGACAAGCUGCGGACGGACGACAAGACGUCGAGUCUGAAGGCUCGGUUCUUCGGCGACGCCUCCGACGAGGCCAAGGGCCUCUCGUAUCAGAAGGAGUGCCUGGUCUGCAAGGACUGCGGGCUCUGCAAGGCGGACGAUCGCCACCACGCCGGCCGUCUGGACCCGUGCCGGGAGGAGUACAGCCGCUGCAGGGAGACGGAGUGCCGGCGGUGUCACGAGGACGUCGUGUGCCAGAACCCGCUGCACACGCGCUCGAAGAGGGUCGAGUUCGAGCCGUGCCAGCUGAGCGACACGCCCCUGAUGUGGAUGAUGAAGGAGCUCGAGGAGGAGGGCGGCGUGCACUGGGACGCGGAGAAGGUGAACGAGUUCAGGCACCGGUACGAGCACAACAAGGACUCGGCGCUCGAGGGGUCCGUUCACGAUCCGGUCAUGUUCGGGAUGGGUACCAAGUGGACGACGGUCCUGUUCUGGAACUUCUUGGAAUUCUUCCCGCUCAUCAAGCGAUGGGAGCUCGAUCCCGUGCCCUUCUGGUCGAGACUCGCGUUCUGGAGGACGGCUGAGCCCGCGGUUGCUUCCGGGACGGAUGGGGAGUCCAGUGGGAAGUGGGAAUGGGUGCAGUUUCCGCUCAACAAGGGAUCCACGAGGGAUAUUCCGCCGGACGCGGUGUUCCACCACUCUCUGAUUAUAAAGUUGAAGACGCACAAGUAUCGGCCCGAGAAUAACCAUGGAGGAAAGGGCAAAGAGCCUUGCCUGUGGGACAAGGAGGUUGAGAAGAUUGUUUUCAAGGAGGUUGAGAAGAUUGUUUUCAAGGACGCGUCUGCUCUUGUUAAGGGGAAGCCGCAGCCGCAUCUUGGUCACCAGCUUUACCAGCUCUCUAAGGGAGGACAUGCUGUGGAGGCUUGA